CGAUAACUCCAACAAUGUCAUCCACUACUUCACCUCGUAUUUUGGAAUUGCCUAGCGAUGCUCUCAUUCUAAUACUGAGAGAACUCUCGAUAUCAUCUUUACUUUCGGUUCAGCAGGUAUGUCUCCCUCGAAUUCCAGUUAUUUGAACAAAUGUUGUUUUCAACGUGUUCUAGACAUGUCGUGUCUUACACGCCUUAUGUUCGUCAGACUACAUCUGGCAUAACAUCAAUCUUGAUAUUCCAUUGAAUUUCCCCCCUCAUGUCGGCAUCGAGUCAUUGUCCGGCUCAGAGCUCCGUCGACUGGCUGUAAACGCACUGCGGGUUGAUCAUAACUGGGGUAAACGCCAUACGAUUCUGAAGGGAAUUCAACAUGUUCAACAUGGGGGGAUAAUCUCAGAAAUGCGUCUGCUCGGUUCUGAAUGGCUCGUUACCUUAUCCAGGACAUCAACAAGUGGUGCUUCUAUGCUAUCAGUCUGGAAUAUACCACAGAAUUCCUCAGUGAACAGGGUCCGGGUAGUCGUCCUCGAAGCACUCCAUUCGCCGAAACUAGCAACCUGUUUCCAGAACGAUGGUACUGAGCUCCUCGUCGCUGUAUAUUACUGCAGUCCCUCUCGUACAGAGUUACUGAGAGUGUACAAUUUCCCGCUUAUUGAAAGCGGGAGCGAUAGUGCAUCGGAUCCUUCCCGUUAUCUGACGGCUCAACUCUCGGGCAAGGACAUCCAAGGUACAGCGUUUGAAGCACACAUUUGCCCAGGCGUCGUAGCCGUAGCGUUAGCCCAGUUUAAUAACGCCUUCGAUCAUCCAAAGUAUCGGAUUUUAUUAGCAGAUACCGUCACUGGCUUUUACUGUCUGGCACAACUCCACAACCCCGAACCAUGGUCCCAGAUGCAUUUUCGACUAUUCCCUGGUUUACUGGUUGUAACGGGAAUUUAUGAAGGCAACUUUACAUUGCAUAAGUAUGACAUAGCGGAUCUGAAAUUCACAUCCUCUGAGGCUUCGGAAGACCUGGAAUUAGGGCCUCCCUUUGAGGAAUUCUCUUCCCCCGUGGAGGUACCAUCGAGCCUGGGGUUCGACUAUACGCUAUCCGCAGAUAAUUUCAGUCGAUCCCUAACUUGGAUAACUGCAAUGACAUAUCACCAAUCGCAAACUUUUCGCUACAUCAUCAAAUUCCCCAUGAAACAAACACAGUAUCGCGAGGUGCUCGCCCACAAACUACCUUCCGACUCAGGUUCAACGAUCGACGUCAUUUGUAUUGGACAUAGCGGACAGCGAGCGGUAUGGCUUGAGCGACGAUGGCAUACGGACACGUUUGUUCUCAUGAAGGGGUCCUUUCCAUCGGGAGACGAUCGGAAACCUUCGGUGUCCACCCUCGUGCCUCGGCACAUGGCUUUACCUUUCGAGUUCUAUGCUUGCCAAUCAUUAGCAUUCGAUGAGGCAACGGGACGUGUAUGUGUUGGGCUACAUACCGGUGAUCUGUAUUUGCUUGAUUUUUGAUAGAUACAUAAUCUAUCCAUCUCAAAUCCAAC